AUGUAUACUCGUGAUCAAGUAGUGAAAAGAUCAUUGAGUAGUUCUGUGAUGAAUUCAAAUCUUAUUGCUGCUGGAACAGGUAUUGGAGGAUCAGACUCGAAUCAGCUCAAUAGUCCUCGUGGAAUCUUUGUCGAUGUGAAUUUAGACUUAUAUGUGACAGAUUGUGUAAAUGAUCGAGUUCAGUUGUUUCAGCCGGGAGAAUCAAAUGGUAUCACAGUAGCUGGAUAUACAUCACUAAAUCCAACAAUUACACUUCGUUGUCCAAGUGGAAUUAUAUUAGAUGCUGAGAAAUAUUUAUUCAUUGUUGACCAAGGCAAUAGUCGUAUUGUUGGUUCAGGCUUGAAUGGUUUUCGAUGUUUAGUUGGAUGUUAUGGACAAGGACCACAAUCCAAUCGAUUGAAUCAACCAUUUAGUUUGAGUUUUGAUCAUUCUGGAAACAUGUUUGUUACUGAUACAACAAAUCAUCGAAUUCAAAAAUUUUUGUUAAUGAACGAUUCUUUUGCUCUUUCAUUUAAUCAGCCAAAGUUUUGUUCAACAGCCAUUUGGAAUUCUAAUGGAAUUACCAUUGCUAAUCAAUCGAUUGUUGGUAACAAUCCUACCGCCAUUUUUGUGAGUAAAAACAAUACGAUCUACGUCGCUAAUAAGGAAAAAGACACAAUUCUAAUAUGGCAUGAAGAGAGUGUCAAUCCAAUAAAGAUCAUUCACAGUAAUUUUACAGGACCUCGGUCUCUCUUCGUCACAUCGAAUGGUGAUAUUUAUAUUGAUGAUGGUCAAAGGAAUGGUCGAGUACAGAAAUGGAGUGCAGAAACAAAUACUUUUGACACAGUGAUGAAUGUCAACUCAACAUGUUAUGGUUUGUUUGUUGAUGUCAAUGAUACUCUUUACUGUUCGAUGAUUGAUCAUUAUCAAGUAGUGAAAAGAUCAUUAAGUAAAUCUGUAAUGAAUUCAAAUCGUAUUGCUGCUGGAACAGGUAUUAAAGGAUCAGCUUCGAAUCAACUCGGAGGUCCUCGUGGAAUCUUUGUUGAUAUAAAUUUAGAUUUAUAUGUGACAGACUGUAUAAAUGAUCGAGUUCAGUUAUUUCAGCCGGGAGAAUCAAAUGGCAUCAUAGUGGCUGGAAAUGGAUCACUAAAUCCAACAAUUACACUUCGUUGUCCAGGUGGAAUUAUAUUAGAUGCUGAGAAAAAUCUAUUCAUUGUGGAUCUAAGUAAUAGUCGCAUUGUUGGUUCAGGCUUGAAUGGUUUCCGAUGUUUAGUUGGAUGUUAUCGAACGGGUUCACAAUCCAAUCAACUGCAUAGUCCAUUUAGUUUCAGUUUCGAUGGUUCUGAAAAUAUAUUUGUUGUCGAUUCAUUCAAUCAUCGAAUUCAAAAAUUUAAAUAUUUAAAAAGAUAUUGUGUCAAUACAUUCUCUGUUUUCCAAAAUAUCUAUUCAUCAUCAUUGACUAGCAACAAUCAAAUUUAUUACCGAGAUUGUGAUAAACAAAAUUUUUAUUAUGAAUCAAUUCAAGUGCAGGUGACCGAAAGUGGUCACUACACUUUUCGUGGUAGUGGUGACAUCGAUCCGUAUGGAUCUAUUUACAAAAACAAAUUUAAUCCGCUUGAUCCCUCGGAAAAUUUACUCGAUAAACAUUAUGACGGUGGCUCUGUUAUUCAGUUUAAACUUGAUAUUAAUCUUGAUGUUGACAUGAUAUAUGUAUUGGUUGUGACAACAUAUGAAUCGAAAGAAACUGGAAAAUUUUCGAUCCAUAUAUUUGGUAAAAACAAAGUUAUUCUCGAACGUCUUAGUACUCCAAUAAAUAUUCAAUUAAUAUAUUCAUCAAAAUUAACUGAUAAUAGUCCAACAUAUUAUCGAGAUUGUCAAGUACCGCAAUGCCAUUAUGAAACUUUACAAAUUCAUGUUAAUACAAACGAAAUCUUUUACACUAAAGGAAUUGGUUUGACUCUCGAUGAUAUUUUACGCAAUGAACUUCAGUCGAACACAGUAUUGAAUAAUCAACCAUUUUCGAUCAAAUUAAGCGCGGGUUUAACAAUAAUUAUGUUUGUCGCAGGAUUAAUCAAUAGUAUUCUCUCUUUUAUUACAUUUCAAAAUAAAGAUUCUCAACAAGUUGGAUGUGGAAUGUAUCUAUUAGCAUCAUCUAUUACUUCUCUUUUGGCAACUACUAUGCUUAUAAUCAAAUUCUGGUUUGUUGUUCUUACUUAUAUCAAUGGAUCCACUAGUCUGUCUGUUCUUCGUGGAGGUUGCGUAUCUAUUGAACCAAUUCUAAAACUUUUCCUGUACUUGGAUGGUUGGCUUAGUGCUUGUGUAGCAAUUGAACGAGCAGUACUUAUUUUUAAAGGAAUCAACUUUGAUAAAAAAAAGAGCAAAUCUAUUGCUCGACGAACAAUUCUUAUUUUACCAUUCUGUAUUUUUGGUACACUUAUUCACGAGCUCGUUUUUCGCAGAUUGUUCGAAUAUGAAACAGGACCAGAAACGAUAGACACGCGUGCUCGACAACGAUCAGUGGUACGAACUAACCAAAGUUUUAAAGAACAUAUUCAAGAUCAAUUCAGUGAACAUAAACAAUUGAUUAUUAGUCCAAUAGUUUUACUCGUUUUAUCAAUACCUCGUCUUAUCAUUUCAUUACUUCCUGGUUGUGCGAAAACGUCUAAGAACUUGUGGUUGUAUCUUGGAGCAUAUUUUAUUUCUUUUACUCCUUCGAUGCUAAUUUUUCUUAUCUUUGUUGUUCCUUCAGAAUUGUAUAUGAAAGCGUUUAAACAAUCGUUCAAUCGUAUUCGAAGGCGUACCCCUCCCUAA